AUGUUUCCUUCACUUCUACUCCUGCCCUUGGCUGCUGUGUUGCAACAAUCUGUAGGACAGUAUGCAGGCAUAGCAACAGAUCUCCCUGAGAAGAUACAGGAAGAAAUUCUUGACAAAUUUAAUGCUAUCAGGAGAGGGGUGCAGCCAACUGCUAGCAAUAUGAUGAAAAUGAAAUGGAGUCAUAAACUUGCCAAUAAUGCUAAAGAAUGGGCCCAACAGUGUAUUGCAAAAGCCCCUCCAAAAGCAGAUCGAACAAUAGAUGGAGUCCUGUGUGGUGAUAAUAGAGUUCGGGCAACUUAUUCAUCCUCCUGGUCAGAAGUAAUUGACUUGUGGAAUCGUAAAUCAUCAAACUUCAAGUAUGGAACUGGGGCAGUUGACCCUACUAAAGAUGUAUAUGGUUAUACUCAGAUGAUUUGGCAUAACUCAUAUCUGAUUGGAUGUACACUUGCCUACUGUCCAGCAGAAGAGUACAAGUUCUUAUAUGUUUGCCGUUUCUGCCCUGCUGGGAAUAGGGUAGACCAAAUUGCGACACCCUACAAAGAAGGCCCACCCUGUGGAGACUGCCCCAAUGACUGUGAGGAUAAACUUUGCAUUCGGGCAUGUGAAUAUGCUGAUAUGCGUGAAGACUGCACAGCAAUUGUGACAUAUUUUACCUGUCAACGUAAGGAGAUACAAGAUCUUUGCCCUGGCACCUGUAAAUGCCCACAAGGAGCUGUAUAA